AUGUUCAAAAACUUUAUAGAUUCAAUCCUCAAUUGGUUCAGAAGUCUCUUUUGGAAGCAAGAGAUGGAGUUGACCUUGGUAGGUCUACAAAACUCUGGAAAGACAACUUUAUCAGGACAAUUCGCUGAAGAUAUGAUUCCAACAGUAGGAUUUAAUAUGAAGAAAGUAACCAAAGGAAAUGUAACUAUAAAGUUGUGGGAUAUCGGUGGUCAACCAAGAUUUAGAGGAAUGUGGGAAAGAUACUGUAGAGGUGUAAAUGCAAUUGUAUAUGUGGUCGAUGCAGCUGAUCACGAAAAGUUUGAACAAUCAAAGCAGGCUCUACAAGAUUUAAUUAAUAAACCACCUUUAAUGAAGAUUCCAUUGCUUGUCGUAGCAAAUAAGAAUGAUUUACCAAACGCUGCUUCAAUUGACGAAAUUAUUGAUACUUUUGAACUAAAAGCGAUUACAGGAAGAGAAGUUUGUUGUUACUCAAUUUCAGCAAAGAACAGCAGCGGUGGUAUCAAAAUUUGGAGACAAGACCUAACUAUCAAUAUAUAUCUAUUAAAUCGUAGUGGUUCAGUGAAUGGAUCAACUUUAUUGAAUCAUUAG